AUGCCAGUCAUAGGCUCAGAGAUACCAACAACUAGUGUUUCAGACAAGGAAAACGGAAUGGAAGAAGAGACUGACGAACUUGAGAACUCUAAUAACGAAGAUCAAACUGCCCAGCAGCAACAGUUAUCUCCUCGUAAAAAAACCAAACGUCGAUAUUUAUAUGAUCCUGAGCAAGAUAAAAAUGAAAAACGAACGAUAAGAAAAGAAUAUAGGCGUCUAAUUACUUCUACCGAAGAAAAUCGACAGGAUUAUAUAAAAGCUGAUUCGAAUGGAUUAGCGGAAACUUUAAAAAAAGCAAAUAAUUUAUACAAAAAAGUUAGAAAUACGCAUGAGGCGAUCCUCGACUCUCGUAUUCUGGUCCUUUCUGCAGAUUUAAACGUCCAAAAAGCGCGUCGUAUGAAAAUUGACAAUAACGCUUUUGACACAGAUGAUUAUAUUGCUAAAUUGACAAACUUUAUGGGAGAACAACAGACGCGUGGAGAAGAUGAGGAUGUCCACUUAGACUGGUUAGGUCUUGGUAAGGUUGCUGCACGAUAUACCAAUCGUGCCCCAUCAAUGGACUUCAUGCUUGGCCCGUUAUCGAUUGAACAAAAAGAAAGGGUAAAGGGAAAAACACCCGCACGGAUAGAGAAAGAUGAAAAGGAUCUCAAAACCCCUAUAAGUAUGAAAGAACGUGAUAUCGAAAGACAGGAAAAUGAAACUACGCGAAAUGUCAAAAUGAUCGCUGAUCUAAUCCAGGAAAAGCAGCCAAUAAAUUUUUUUGAGUUCAUAAUAAAUCCUGAAUCAUUCGGUCAGACCGUAGAAAAUAUGUUUUACCUAUCAUUUCUGGUGCGUGAUGGUCAAGUUAGCAUAGAUGAUGAGAACGGACAGCCAGUUUUAUCACGAUGUGAAUCAGCAACUGCUGAAGACUACGAGAAUGGGCUGAUCAAAAAGCAAGUUAUCUUGGAAAUGGAUAUGACUCUCUGGAAACAACUCAUUGAAGUAUAUGAGAUCAGAAAAAGUGUUAUUCCCACAAGAGAAAAGAAAGAACACACAAGUGGAAAGUGGUAUGGUUGA